GCUUGGUGGUGGAGGCCGAGGAAUGGCGCCGUUGCGAAAUCGGGGAUCCCCGUGACGUCACAGAGGGGGGGGUUUAAAGGACUCGCCGGAGACGUCACAGCAGAGAGACGCGGGCCGGGAGCUGGGGGCUACCACGCACCUGGUCCACCGCGUGCGAACGAACGAACGAGCACUUUUAGUGAACUCGUGUGUCGGGUGGUUUGUUUAAUUGUUAAACUUUGCCUUUUUAGUUUUUAAGAGAUAAACCAUGGAGAGGUUGAAUUUUUCGGCACGCUGCGUGAGGAGGAGAAGACACGACUCUCUCUACAAAAUGGGGUUCUUCUUGCUGUUGUUUGCGGUUGUGGCAUUAGCCAUGGUGUCAAGGACCUCAACGUGCAAACAGGAAAUUCAAUACAAGUUUCAGGACCAUUGCUGUCCCCUCUGCCAUAUUGGCUCUUUCAAGGUACGGGACUGUGAAGCAUCGGGCAAGGAGACGGUGUGUGACUUGUGCACUCCAGGAACGUACAUGGACGAACCCAACCACUCCGAUCGGUGCAUGCGAUGUCGAGAGUGCGAUGCAGUUGCUGGCUUCGUCGUGGCGAAGAACUGCUCCAAUAAGUUAAAUACGGAGUGUCGCUGCCGGGACGGAAUGUACGUGAACCCGCACUACUCGGGGAUCUGUCUGCACUGCCACACGUGCCAGCAGGGACACAAGACUACACAGCCAUGCACCCCUCUCACAGACACCGAGUGUGCACCUUGCCUCGACGGGGAGUACAGUGAUGGACACAACUGCCUUUCUUGCUUAAGGUGCGAAGAUCAACACCUGGAGACCGAACAACCCUGUAGACCCAACAGCAAUACUCAAUGCAAAAAGCACUCAAACAUGUUGGUGAUUGUUGUGACGGUGAGCUUGCUCUGUCUAUUCAUCGUGAUCAUUGUGGUCAUGUGUAUGAAGAAAAAAUCUCCCCGCAGUGCCUUCAGCGAUAUGUGGAACUGGAUUGUGAAACUACUGGGUAUGAGUCCCCGUUCACUACCACCGAUACCACCAUCGAUACCACUGCUGAAACCACCAAACUGCAAUUUGAUUCCGGGUCAUUUCCAUUACAUCAUUGAAGAUGUGCCAGAUGCGGGCUUCAUGCCGCUAAUGCGCCACCUGGGUGUGGCGAAUCACAAGAUUGAAGAGAUCGAGUACAACCAUCCGCACGACCGGAAUGAACAAAAGUACCAAAUAUUGAGUUCCUGGUUUAACUCUAAGGAAUUCGACGUGGAAUGGAGUGUCGUGUUGAAAGGGCUGCAGCAUAUGGGUGACUGGGAGUCCUACAACAGGCUUAUGAAGAGGCUUGUGCAGGGGUCUCCAAGUGUGAGCAUGACCGUGGUGGAAUCCGCAUUUUUGGACAACUGAUGCUGCUGCGUGUAUUGUACGUAUCCGACGUACGGUUAGUUACGUACUCGUAUGGUUAAAAUAUAUGUUUUUGCAUUACCAGUGAUACGUGACAAAAACCGGUUUAAAACACAACUUGAGCACCUUGUUAACUGAGAAAGGAGGGGAGCUGCCGUGGUUGCAAGGUUAGCACACUUCACUCGCGAUCUAGUGGCUAAAACAAUCGGCCAGCUCCCGGUGUCGCAGUUAAAACAAUGGGGGCAGUAUCUUAAUAACCCCCCAUCACCUCUGUCCAGCCACGACUAUGAAUGGAUACACCACAAAUCUUAGAUCAACAGGUCGUGUGUGUAUAGGGUAAAGUGUGGGUAUGCCCACUUCAUCUAAACGUCUGGUCAGCAUGAAAAAGUAGAUAAACCACCCUCUAGAGGUCCCUCCAAUGGUGGCGUGACCAAGCAAGCGACUAGUUGAAGGGCAGGUAUACGAUGAUAUGACCGAGACCACAGUGCCUUUUGUACAUUAACGUGUUCUAAUCAGUAAAUUAAUGAAUAACGUUUUACUGGAAUUGGUCACCGGUUCUUGAUUUUCGGAACCGUUAAUCAAUAAACCGGUUGCCGGUUGACUGGUUAUAGAUUAACAACCCUCAUAAUUACCAGGCGUGUGGAUCCUCAGGACGUUUUCUCGAUUUUUGAAUGAAUAAAACAAAUCCUGAAAUUGGGCCUAGAUAUGAUAUUCGGGGUGACAUUUUUGUUUUAUUUGAGAUAUAUAUAAGGUAUGCUUUCAGCUGAAACGAUAUCAAGCAUAUCACAUCACUGCUGUGAAUUUCCUGCCAAAAGUGGCAUGUUUGGAAGAAUUUCAACUCGAGCAUUAAAAAUAUCGGGUUAGCUGCCACGCAAUGGACGUUCUUCUUUGCAGGAUUGUGAGUGGUAAAAUUCUGCCCCCUUGUGUGGAUAAGGGGUUACUUGGAAGAGUUAUCAGCGGGUCUUUGAUAUAGGCUUCUGCCAACCAGUCUCGAAGGUGAAGUUGGCAACGUUUUCAUUUGUGGAUAUCGAAGUUUUUAAGCAAUUUGAUACCCCCUGGAAGCUUGGGUGGAUGUCAGUGAUCCUGCCCGUGAAUCGGAGGCGCGGCUAGUAUCAGAUCAUGUGAUUGACGAUCUGGUUCCGUUGGCCACACGGUCACAUGACGGACUAUUUUUCAAUUUUUGUUGAUGAAGGAAGUGACCGCGUCUGCCACGUGCCGCUUUGCAGUGGUUUACGGCCGUCUGAGGAGAAUUCCGCGUGGAUUCUUUGUCUCAUGACAUAACUCCGGGUAGCACGAUCGAGAUAAUCAUUGGGGGGAAAAAAGACUCAAAUAUUUAAGGAAACAUUCCAAAGCAUCAAAGUUAAGUCUUGUACUCACAGCCAAUUCUUCCAGACAAGUGUGUGCAUUCCAAUGUAGCUGUGUAUAACUUGCUAUUGAAUGUAUCUUUGAUUCUAUUGUAAUUAACUUCCCAAUCAUGUUUUUGGCAAAACGAUAGGUGAGUUACUUCUUGGGGAAUCUUAAAAGUAUCUUCAUAGCAUCCACAUUAUCUCUUUUCUAUAUAAGUGUGACGUAUAUAGCAAAGAGAUUAUUCCAUUAUUUAUAUUAAGCUGUCGACUAUUUAUUUUGGAAAAUCUAUUAUACUUCCAUCUUAACCCACCGAAGAUGUGACAUUUUUAUAUACAGCUCGGGGAGAAUUGUUAUUCUAAAUGUGCCAUCCCUUUUAUAUAGUUCUCAUUCUAUAAAUGUCACGACAUGAAAAACAAAAAAGUUGAAAAUAACGGCACUGCAUAUUUAUUACCGUCAGCCGGACCGUCAAUUGACCCUGAAACAAAUCAAAGGAUCCAACCUGAGGUUACUUUCUACGUACGGACAAAAGCAAAACAUGCUGCUCCUUGAAGAAUGUGCCAAUUGUGAGAACCCCUUAAGGUUAACACAGCCAUCAUGCAGGGCUCCUAACUGUGGUCGGUAUCAUACACGUGCUUUGCCACUCACGUGUCUCCUGUGUUGCCGAUAUGGAACACACCGCUGUACAGUACCGGAUGAAGCUAGUGCGGGGCCUAGAGCAUGUGUUAUAAAGGGGCCCUAAAUAAAUAAAUAAAACUGAUUUUAUAACUAAUUUUUUACUUGCAUGGUGAAGUAAUUGUAUUUUUAAAUUUGCUAUACAGCCAGAUAAUACGACAAAUCGCUAACCCAGUCGUUCAUAAAAGCUGAAGGCAGUAUAGUACUAUAGUAAUAGAGUAAGUGCAGAAUCACUGAACUGGAAUUGAUGGACGGCUAAAGUUUGGUUUGAGUCAUAAUAAGGUGUUAAGUCGGUUUUGACGUACACGUUCAUUUCAGUUUUUGAUAUUUGGCAGUGUCCAGUUUUAUUCCUUGCAUUUUAUUGGGGUUUCCCCGACCCCCCCCCCCCCCCCCCCCACUUAUACAUGGAAUAUCCGACUGCAUUUUUUUUGUUCGGGGAUGCACUGUUUACCCGUGACCUAACUGAUGCUGAUUGCGAGUGGCGCUUGCGCACUUCCAUAAUCGAACACGUGUCGGCAGCUUGACCCGAGGUACACACUAGCACACUGUUCACUGUGAAGGUCCUUGGUCUAUGAAGUUUGCAUAGAUUUUUGUUUCAUUGUAUUGCUUAACCACUACUUUUCAAAGUGAUACCGGAAUCCAACCCUUUUGUCUGGCUGUGUGUAAACCACAGUCGUCAACUUCUUUCAUAUGGAUCUGAAUUGAGUAGCAACUAUAAAUCAAUGCCGAGGUUGUGAAUUCGCUGCUGGCUUCUGGGCAUAGAGACGGAAUCCCAAUCGGGCCCUUGGAGAAUGCUCGCAUGGGACAUGAGUUCGCGAUGCGUUCCACUGGUUGUUGCAGUUCAGAUACGAGGUAAGGCAACCUGCUUGUGAGGCAUUUAAGCCUCUUGAUGGCUGGAUGUUGGGGGUGCCACGGUGGCGAGAUGUUAACUACCUCACCUGGUAUACAAGAGGUGGUGAUCCGGCUUCCCCCCUCCACAUUUAUAAACAUCCGUUUAGAGUAUUUGGCUGCUAUAAAUUUCCACGUGAUAAGUCACUUCGUUGAUCUAUCAUUUGUGGCUAGGUCGCUUAAGAAAAAUAGCUAUAUAGCUCAAGGGCCUUACCUAGUAAAAUAAAAAAAUAGUUUUGCUUUUAGUUUGAUGGUCGUGGAAUCAGUGAUGAGCUGCUUACUCAGGAUGACGUUUGCACUCCCCCAAUUGUUCUUCCACUGGUCUCCCGUGCCGCUCAGCGUGCGGCCGAGUCUUUCUGCCGUGUUCCAGAAUGGCUUUCUUGAUUUAACGUGUAUUAUUGGGAGGUUUUUGAGGUCUCCUUAGAUGGGCAGUUCUUUAAACCGCAGUAAAUGAAAUGUAAAGUCUUGCUGUCUUCCAAUAUAAUCUCACAUUCCAAAUAUGCCAGCCUGAUCUCUUCUGGACUUCCGAGUCGAGCUCGAAACUUGAAUCCAUUUGUGAAAUUGUGCACGUUACAAGUUGCCAUUAUUCAAAUGCGAAUUAAUAUAUUUGAUGCACUGUGUCUGAUGAUGAGUCGUAAACAAAAAUAGGACCUGGACUGUAAUCGUGUGUGAUGAUGAUUUUGUACAGCCAAUGAAGACCAAAUGUAAGUGAUUAAUUUAUAAGCGAUUUAGCCAUUCAGUUGCUUUCUCUGAGAGUUGGUGAACUUCAGGUACACUACCUUAACAUUUUAAUAAAUGGGGCAGUGUGAAGAUAUAUGGUCCAUAACUUGUAAGGAGUGAAGUUUGGGGCUACCCCAGCUUAAAUAAUGUUUUACCAGCAUUAUGAAUGUUGUGGUAUUUGCAAUAUGCAAAGCUGUGUUUGCCCAAACCGUUGAUUACUGUAUAGAUAGAUUAUAUAUAUAAAAUACUGAAAAAGUGUUACAGAAUGUUUGAACAUUUAGUCUUAUGGUUACAGAAUGUUUAAAUGUACCACGCUCGAACAAUGGUUAUUAAAAGUUAAUUACAAUGUGAUUAUGUUAUUAUUAAACUGUUAAACUCGUUU